AUGCGGAUCCCUGAUGCUGUAUACCCUCCUAUCCCAGGCGAAAGUCAUCGGUAUUAUGGAAACAUACACAUAAAGCAAGUAAAACUUCCCCAGAACAAUCAGUCCCUUCGUGGAGUUUCAAGUUAUCCUCAGUACUCUAACGUAGAAGGUUUGGUAGGGAAUGAUGCAAACAUUCACGAAGCAACCGCAGCUGGAAACAUGACUAGGGUAAAGGAACUACUAGAUCCUAAAGGUUCUGGAGAAACCACUUCAUCCUUUUUACUUGCCAACGAGACGAGCUCUUCUUCGGGCUUUACCCCGCUACAUUAUGCGGCUUCGCGCGGUCACUUGGAAAUUGUGAAAUGGUUGAUCGACGCAGCCGGAGCUAUUGUCGACCUUGAAGAUCAAACCGGUGAGACUGCCCUGAUGAAAGCCUCAUACAAUGGCCACACGCACGUCGUGGCUUUCCUUUUGCAAAAACAUGCGAAAUUCGACCAAAAAGAUAACGAUGGAUGGACCGCUUUACAUAACGCCUCUGCUCAGGGCUAUUUACAGAUUGUAAAGUAUUUACUGGAACACACCGAGGCUGAAGUUGACGUCAAAAGUAACAAAGGUUACACGCCAUUAAUGAAUGCUGCGUCGAAAGGACAUGUUGACAUCGUGGAAUACCUUUUGAAUCGUAGAAGUGCAAACCCUCUUGUCAAGAAUAGUUUUGGUGAGACAGCUUAUGACGUGGCCGGCACAAGCCAGGAGGUAUACAUAUGUGAAUUGUUGGAGAAAGCGGAACGCGAAUGGUGGAAGGGCAAAAGACCUUUACCUCAACCAUCAUCAUUCAGUGAUCUCGUCCACCUACCAGCCACAAAUCAGCCGUACGAUGUUUUCGCCUUUCAUAUCACUGUUCCCGUCAUUCUUCACGAGAAUCAACGUUCCUCUUCCGUUUUUGGUGGGUUGUCCUCGCUUCGUGGAUCACCGAAAUUUUCACCAAACAAUCUUUUGAAAAGUGAUGUCCGUGGACCUUGGUCUCUUCAUCCUAGUGGAAAACCUUCGUCCAAAGAAGAUGUUCAACUUCCUAUGGGAUCCACAUCUUCGUCUAUGUCAGUUGUUUCUAACGCCACUUCGUCUAAAUCUUCACAAAAAUCGUCUUGGUUUUGGCAUACCGAUUGGCAGAUCGACAUGACCCAUCCACGUGUAGAUUCUCAAGGUUGGCAAUAUGCUAGAAGUUUCGAUGAGGCAGAUAAAUUAUGGCUAGUCGCUCCACCAUCAAACGGAGGUAGUUGGGUGCGAAGAAGAAGAUGGGUGCGUGUGAUGAAGCGUAUUAUGGACCUUUCCUACAUCGGCCAGAAUUAUGAUCUACAGCUCGUAAAUGAUGAUGAUCAUGAGGGCACGGAUUAUGUGACGAGGGCUGAAGGUAUCAUCAAGAAAGACUCGGAGAACAGGAGAGGAAAGAGCUAUAGUGAACCUUCCGUGAGCGUACAACUGGCAAGAUAUAAAGAAGCCAUCGAAAUAUUGAUGAACGGAAUAAAAACCGAUACUAAUCCGCAACGAAAACAAGAGGCCACUUCACUUGUAACCAGCUUUACGCAACACGCCGAUUACCUAGAGAAUACCUUGAAAGAAGUUGACACCUCAGUCAUUCCAACUAGUCCAAGUUUGCAUGAGAUUCCUAUGACUCAGAAUAACAUUACAUCACCAUUGUCGUCAAUUCCAAUUAACAUAGAUCCAUUUUUAUUAAAAAAAUCAAAUUUAGGAGUGACCUCAAGCAUAAGAAGUUUCGAAACGGUUGCGUGGUCCAGCGAAGUUCAGAAUGAGGAGGCUGGAAACUCUACUCAACCCUCGAUUUCAGAUAAUUCUGUGUCACUCGUCAGAGCUCAUCCUCAGACAGGUGUAACCAUAACAAACGUUCAGGCUCAAUCUCAAACUACUCCUAGUAAAUGGGAAGAUGACAGUGGUGUUACGUCUCAAGUAGUCACGGGUCCAUCUGGACGCAGCGACUCCUCUAGUUACCGUGUUUGUGAUUCGUGCUUCGCCUCUAACGGAUAUCCUCGUUCAAAUGGAUCCUCGUCAGAUCACAGACGUAUGAGCAACAGUUCGGCCAUGACUGAAUGUCCUGCUUGCAAUGUGUCUCUAAAUAAAACUCCAGAAGAGAACGAAGAGCACAUCAGAAGAUGCUUUGAAAACAAAAAUGGAAAUAGCAUUCAAGGUUAUAAAUAUGUGGGUACGCAAGGAGAUUCUUAG